CAGAGAGUGUGAGUCCAUUCAGUACUUGUGCAGUCCGAGACCAGCUGUUGAGGUGACGCACUCUUCUCGGAUUUCGUUAAAAGAGUGUUUCUUUCAUUUAAUAAUUCAAAGUGGAGACAAAAUGAAUUAUUAACAGCCGAACUUGACUGGUACGGUUUUAAUUCGCGAGCGUCAACAUCAAAAGUUUUAGCGCGCAUUUGAGGAAACAUUGAGGAAGUGAAGGAGAACACGUGUGGAUACCGACACAAAAAGUCAUAAUGAAGUCGCUGAUGAGUCCGACUCUGGAGCAGGCGUACCGGCGCCGCUGGUGGAUGGCCAUCACGGCGGUGCUGGAGAACCUGCUGUGUUCAGCCGUCCUGCUGGGAUGGGGCUCACUCCUCAUCAUGCUCAAGAACGAGGGCUUCUACUCUCACCUCUGCACAGGCACUAAUGAGUCAGUGGUGGUCCUCAACAGCAGCUCAGGGGAGUGGCUGACCUGUGUGUCCCAGGAGGAGAUGCUCAAUCUGGGCUUCACCAUCGGCUCUUUCCUCCUCAGCGCCACCACGCUGCCUCUCGGCAUCCUCAUGGACCGGUUUGGGCCCAGGCCUCUACGACUCAUGGGCAGCGCUUGUUUUGGAUUGUCCUGUGCACUGAUGUCUAUAUCUGCAUACAACCCGGCAGUGCUUUCUGCUAUUAUCUUCCUGGCUCUGUCUCUGAAUGGCUUUGGAGGAAUAUGCCUGACAUUCACGUCCCUGACGUUGCCCAACAUGUUCGGCAGUCUGAGCUCCACCAUCUUGUCUCUCAUGAUCGGCUCCUACGCCUCCUCUGCUGUCACCUUCCCCGCAGUCAAGCUGAUAUAUGAUGCAAAUGUGUCGUUCCGGGUGAUCAUGUGGGUCUGGUGUGGUGUAGCCGGGUUUGUCUUCCUCAACUGCCUGCUGAACUGGCCAGUCUGUGGGUUCCCUACCCCAGACGAGAUCGAGUACAACAAAGCGGUGAAGGAGAAUGAACUCUCCAUGGAGCAGCAGAAGGCCAAUGGGAACCAUAAGGCAGAGAAACCGGCCACCAUCACGCCUCCAAACUCGGUGCCGUUCCGCCGCUCGGUCUUCUCUCCCAUCUUCCUGUGGAGUCUGAUUACCAUGGGAAUGUCUCAGCUGCGGAUCAUCUUCUUUAUGGGGGCCAUGAACAAGAUGCUGGAAUGGCUGGUGAUACACGGAGACAGCAACCCUUCUGACCAGUUGGUGGAGGAGAUGGAGACCAAUGUGAGCUUCUACGCCUCCAUCUUUGGCACGCUGCAGCUGCUGUGUCUGGUGACGUGUCCUCUGAUUGGCUACAUCAUGGACUGGAAGAUGAAGGAGUGCCAGGAUGAGAGCAGCGGAGACAACUGUGCCGUGACAGGGUCCAGACGUGACAAAAAGAUCCAGAAAGUCACCAAUGCAAUCAGAGCUUUCACACUCACCAAUGUUCUGCUGCUGGUCUUUGGUAUCUGCUGUCUGGUGGACAGCCUGCCACUACAGAUCUUGACGUUCAUUCUUCACACCAUGGUGAGAGGUUUCAUCCAUUCCUGUUGUGGAGGCCUGUAUGCGGCUGUGUAUCCAUCCAAUCACUUUGGCACUCUGACCGGUCUCCAGUCCAUGAUCAGUGCAGUGUUCGCCCUGCUGCAGCAGCCUCUGUUCAUCGCGAUGGUGGGGCCCCUCAAGGGAGACGCAUACUGGAUCAACAUGGGCCUGCUGAUCUUUUCCCUGGCUGGGUUCCUCCUGCCCGCUUACCUGCUCUACCACCGCAGGCAGCUGGUCCGGGAGAAGGAGGAGAGAGAAAAGCAGCGCUCUGUGGCUGAGAACCAGCCUCUCAACCACCACGAGGCCAACGGACACAAGCCCCACACCAACGGACACUCCCACUUGGAGGCUUAGCGUUUUUAAUGGUCUCUCCUGCAGAGCUUGAGGCAUGAACUCAAGGAACAAACUGGAAGAAGCUGUUUGUAGAAAAAAAUCAUAUGCACCACAUAACACUAUCAAACCAACACACAGACAAAAGUAGGCAUGCUGCACGCAAGUAAAUGCAAUCCCCACUGUUGCUUUUGAUUCCCUCUGAAAUUCAGGAGUUCGAUUAGUUAGACUGCAGAGGGUUCCACAGACUUCUACUUUUACAAAGACUGGCUUAUUCUGCCUUUUAAUCUCGUGUUUGAAAGACAGGCCUGCCGUCCUCCAGCACAGCUUUGUUUGAGAAGUCUCAAGGAAAUAGGACCAUAGCCAUACGCACGCACACGCACUCACAAACCAAAGACAAAAGACAAACACUUAAAAAUAUCUACCUCUUCCUUACCGCUGUACAAUGGUGAGUUCACACAGAGAUCUUUGUGAAGGUGUUGCAAUGUUUUGCACACACACACCACUCAGAAGUCUGCGCGUCUUUUCAUCUUUUCAUCGGUGUCCAUCCCAGACUUUUAUGGCAGUGUGGAAUGUAGUAUAAGUGUCCAGCUGAUUUCACAGUGCCAAUAUGAUGACAAGGAAUAGGUCAGUUUAUGAAUUCCUUAUGGAGAUCAGCUUGAACCAAAGUGUCUUUUUUUUAUUAUUAAUAUUAUUAUGACAUAUGUUACAAGGAUCCCUGGCUAGUAAGACAUGUUGACCUUACAAGAUGGUCCUUGUUGUUAGUUACGUGAAUGUUAUUUAAAAACACUAAGAAGGCUUUUUCUUUUUCGCAGGUCAGAAAUCAUUUCAUGUGUAAGCUGCCAUUGCUGUAAAAAAGACAUCACUAGGUUGCAUCUAAUCCGGGCCCAGUCAAAGUGCAGCAAUCAGGCUGUUGCUGCCCAUGGACACUAACAAUUACAACCAUACAGUAUGUCACUUAUUGCCCAGAAAAUGACACAAAUCACAUGAAUGCAAUGGCUUAGGUUACAAGCUCUGCAAAUGGAGGUCACUUCUAGUUGUUUACAUAAACAGAAAGCUGUUACAUUUAGCUACCAAUCAGUCUUAGGCUACGCUUAUAUGGUGGCGAUAAAAACUGAAGACGCAAAAGUGGCGUCUCGUCUUUUUCAAUGACUUCUACAUGAGGACUAUUGCGAGUGGAAAUGGCAAAAUAAUUUUCUGAAGUGUCUUUCAUACACUGCAACCUAACCGAGGGGGCCCGAAGACACAAAAAUCUGGAGAAGUGUGCCAUGGACCAUCAUGGGUGGGGAACCUAUGGCCUGGGGGGCAUUUACGGCCCAUGAGGCUGUCUUAUCAGGACACAACUUUAAUACUAUGCAGUUUCAAAUGAAAUAUGAUGGGUUUUGUGAAGCAAUAUUAGAAAUUAUAUUUGCAAUACAGUUAUGUUAGAUUUUCAGGGGACCUAGUAAAGGUGGGGUCUGUUGUAAAGAUGGCCUUUACCUUUACUUAAGUGCAGUGGGGAAAUAGUUUUUUGUUCAUAGUACAACCAUUGGAGGACUUAAUGAGAUUUGAAGUGGCCCUUCGAAUGAAAAUGGUUCCUCACCGCUAGUUUAGGAGACGCAACCCGGAUCGUCUUCAAAACUCCCCAGUCUGGAAGGAGCCUUCAGAUUUCUGCAUCGUCAGGUGCCGUUGGCGGGGUUGCCGUGUAAACGAAAGACACUUCUGAGAAAAUACGUAUUUUGUUGCUUUCCCUUGCACUCGUCCUCGUAUAAAUGUCCCCAUACUGUAGAAGGCAUCCUGUACAUGCCUUACAACCCAGGGAUCCCUUAGAGGCAAACACCCCUCCAGAUCACCUCACACAGAACAUUUCUGUCCAAGAAUUCAAAUACUUGCAUUAUCUAUAUAUUAUGUAUCAAUGUUUCAUUAGAAAAAACAUUGUUUGUACAGCUGUGUUUUUUGUGUAAGGGAAUGAAUUUGUGUAUAUUUUAAUUUUAAGUGUAUACAUGAAUACUAAGGUACAUUGUGUGUUAUUUUCCAAGUUUAUGUAUCAAGGUUUUGAAGUUUGUAUUUUUUACUGCUAGUGUAAUAUCUGAAACUAUUGUAGAAAAAAAAGAAGAAAAUAAUGUUGGUAGCCAGAAGAUCUUGUAUCCCCAGAAGGAUGGUUUUCUAGCACUUUUGCUUGUGAGCUGCAUAGAAGCCAAGGCUUUCAAAUGAAAAUCUGGAAUGGUGAGAAGUUCCCUUAGGCUGAAACAUGUUGUAAAUACUUGAGCUUGCUUUAUCCAUUGGUGAAGGGUAGUUUUCUCACCAAAGCAAAUCCAUUAGGCUACCUUCGCAGACAGGUGCCACAACAUGUGCCUUUUGUGAAUUUGAGCUAGGAACCAAAAUGUACUGAGCAGCUUCAUUGCUCGGGAGUCAUUCUCAGGUGUCUAAGUACUAUGCAGUUAUGUGUGGCAGACAUGAUGUCAUAAAUAAGAAAAUGUCUUGUGCAAAACUGAAGUAAUGUUCUAUCAAUAAAAAAGAGCUAGAAAAUCAA